AUGACGUCAAGUUGCCUCGAUUUAAGUAUACCAUCAACCUCAACUUGCAAAGAUGAUUUUGUAUCCCAGUGGCGAUGUCAUAGAAGAACCAAGAGUGCUGGGAGCAAUGCAUCUAGGGACUUAUCACUUUAUACGUCAAUGGGACUGUAUGCCCACCAUGGCAUUUUUGCUCCUCAAGAGAAUGUUACUUCUGAAAAAAAUGUGGAAGUUUCCUUUAACUGCAAGUAUGAUUUGAUUAAAAUUGUUGAAAAAACUGAUAGAGCUGCUCUACAUUCACGUGAUCAGCAAGAAGACCUUGAUCUCCGGGAAUGUGGUAUACUGUCUUGCCGUCCACAUUUCUUGCAGCGGUAUGCUAGUAUCCGAAUAUUUGUCUUCCUUUCUUGUGUUUUAGUUACUAUACAGCAAGCUCUGUCUUCUGGUUAUUUUAAUAGUGUUAUUACUACCAUUGAAAAAAGGUUCGAUAUUCCAAGCCGGGUUUCUGGUGCUAUCGCAAGCACAUUUGAAAUUGGUAAUUUGCUUACAAUAAUAUUUGUGAGCUAUCUUGGCAGUCAUCGACACAUACCAGUGUGGAUUGGAAAAGGAAUUAUUGUUAUGGGCAUUGGAUCCCUUGUAUUUUGUAUUCCUUACUUUUUGGAGCAACACUCUGCUACUGUUGCGCUUAGAAAUCUCACUCAUCCUAUGGAUGAAAAUACAUGUCAUUUACCAACUGCCACCGUCCAGUCUCAAACAGCGCAUGCAGGACACUUUAUUAAUCCUCCUUCUCAUGAAAACGAUCCAACAAUUUGUAACGAAGGAAGAUCUUCCAAUACCUUGUAUAUUUUAAUAUUUAUGGUAGCCCAGAUAUUAAUUGGUAGUGGAGGCACUCCAAUAUUUACUCUGGGAACAACUUACAUUGAUGAUCAUGUAAAGAAAGAGAGCUCUUCAAUGUAUAUUGGAUGUAUGUAUAGUAUGGUUGCCUUUGGUCUUGUGUGUGGUUUUUUACUUGGUGGUUAUUUGCUCUCUUUCCAUGAGAACUACUUUUUGUACAACACUGUGCCUCCUAAUUUAUAUCCUGGUCAUCCAAGAUGGAUAGGAGCUUGGUGGGCUGGAUUUGUGAUCUGUGGUGUCCUGCUCCUUUUGAUAUCUAUUCCCUAUUUUGCAUUUCCCAAAGUCCUUUUAAGGGAAAAGCAACGAUUGCGAUGGGAAGAGAAAGGGGAAUAUUACAGUACAAGACGUCUCAAAAGUGAAAGCAACACUUUAGAAAGACAAAAUGGGCAAGAAAUCGUGACGUACUCUGGACAAAGUGACGGCCAUUGUAAUGUCAAAGAGAAAUCGAAAGAAUAUGGAAAGGAUAUAAAAGAUAUUCCAAAAUCCAUGUGGCGUCUUCUAAGUAAUCCAAUAUAUGUUGUCACAUGUCUUGGUUCAUGCAUGGAACUGUCAAUUGUGAAUGGAUUUCUUGUCUUCCUUCCAAAAUAUUUGGAAACCCAGUUCAGCAUUGGGAAAUCUCAAGCAAGCAUUUUUACUGGGGGAAUUGCAAUACCAGGAGCUUGUGUUGGAAUUUUUAUGGGUGGUUAUUUAUUAAAACGCUUCCAGUUGAAACCAAAAGGUGCAAUACAAUUUGUUUUGUUCUUCAAUAUUUUGUGUAUGGGCUUGUACACACUUCUGUAUUUCUUGGGAUGUGACAAUAUUCGAAUGGCUGGAGCUACUCUUCCAUAUUUUAAUAAUACUUUGACUGCCGAGUUUGAGCCAUUUCAAGUAAAUUUGACUGCAGAUUGCAAUAUGGGCUGCCGCUGUAGUCAAAAUGAAAUUGAACCUGUUUGUGGAAGCAAUGGAAUUACAUAUUUCUCUCCAUGCCAUGCUGGAUGUAAAGCAGAAGUUGACCAUAAAAUUAAUAGUUAUUCCAAUUGUGCCUGUAUAUUAGCCAAUACAAGUAGGAGUCAUGAUGUGCUUGCAUUUCCACUUGCAACCAAUGGUCCUUGUCCUAAUGUUUGUGAUGUUAUAAUACCAUUCAUGAUCCUGCUUUUUGUUAUGACCCUUGUGGUAUCUAUUACACAUAUGCCUCUUCUAAUGAUUACUCUCAGGUCUGUUGAUGAGGAAGAAAGAGCAUUUGCCUUGGGAAUGCAAUUUGUUAUUUUUCGACUAUUUGGUUACAUACCAUCUCCUAUAAUGUUUGGAAAUGUCAUUGAUUCUACAUGUAUAUUGUGGAAAGCUCAUUGUGGUCGACCUGGAGGCUUUUGCCUCAUGUAUAAUAUUGAGCACUUCAGACUUAAGUAUAUUGGUGUAUGUUCUGGCUUAAAAGUCGCAUCAGGACUUUUGUUUUUCUUGGACUGGAUGUUGAUAUCAUGGAAGCACAAGAAAGAUAUUGAGCAACCACCAACCCUCACUGUUGGUGAAAUUGUGUCUUCCAUUAUAUCCUUAGACCGACUGUCAACUUUAGGCUGGGGAGGUGAUGUACUUCUUGAUGCCACAAAGGAUUGUCCUGAGGAUAUUCAGCCAUUGGAGAUGGAUGAAGAAAAUCAUUAUCCUAAUGUCCCAAGGACAGUCAAAAGAUUAAUAAAACGUGACAGUUCUUCAAGCAAUGCAAUGAACUCACAUUAGCUAAUAUUCUAAACAGUACUGUUAUGAUAUAGGGGAUAUGGUAAUGCUAAAAGUCCACAAUGGGACUCAAUGGCUACUUGACUUAUAAAAGGUUGGCACUCACAAACUACA